CCUAACCAAAAAUCCCUUGAAAAUUCGUAUUCGUACAUCAGUUUGCCCUAUAUAAACCGUGUUUGCCCGUGGUCGAUCUCAAGCAUCGUUCUCACAUCCGCUACCCUACGCUCCACACGCAGACGCAUAGCUCCUGUUUUCAUCGCCGAGAGUUCUGCUAAAGUUGGAAAGCAACUCUUGUAACUUCUUCCAGGAAGUUAGCAGUUUAGUCUGCUCUGUCUGCAAAUUGCCAAAGUGGAGAGCAUCAAGUUUGAAGCUUCUUUUAUGUCUGAACGGGCUUCCCUCUUUUUGUCAUCAAUUGGAUUACUUGGGGAUUAUUGUCCUACGUCCAGAAAAAAGAACAUACAUUCCUUGGAUAACGUUCUCUGCAUGCAUCUUGGGUUAUUUGAGGACCACAACAUCCACAGUUUUGGUUCUUUUAUGCUGCGUUCUCCAUUUGAAAGGAACUUGUCCAGUACAGGAGGAUUUCUUGUUGCAAGAGGCAAUACAACUGCUGAUUUUUGCUUCUUCUGAUCAAUUUCCUUGGAAGCUUACACAAAACAAGAUGGCUUUGCAGAAUAUUGGUGCCUCCAACCGUGAUGAUGCCUUCUAUAGGUAUAAGAUGCCAAGAAUGAUUACCAAGAUUGAAGGUAGAGGAAAUGGCAUCAAGACUAAUAUUGUUAACAAUGUCGAGAUUGCGAAGGCCUUGGCUAGACCUGCUUCGUACACCACAAAAUAUUUUGGUUGUGAGCUGGGUGCUCAAUCAAAAUUUGACGAGAAGACUGGAACUUCACUGGUAAAUGGUGCUCAUGAAACGGCUAAGCUUGCAGGGCUUCUUGAAAACUUCAUCAAAAAAUAUGUUCAGUGCUAUGGUUGUGGGAACCCUGAAACUGAAAUAGUUAUCACGAAGACACAGAUGAUAACUCUAAAAUGUGCUGCUUGUGGUUUUCUUUCUGACGUUGACAUGAGGGACAAGCUCACAACAUUUAUACUCAAGAAUCCUCCUGAGCAGAAGAAAUCAAAGGACAAAAAGGCAUUGAGGAAAGCUGAGAAAGAACGACUCAAGGAAGGUGAGGUUGCUGAUGAGGAGCAAAAGAAGCUCAAAAAGGAAGUUAAGAAGAAAGGUUCAUCUGCUAGUUCAAAGGAUGCUGCUAAAGGUGGAUCAACCAAGAAGAAAAGUAGUGGCUCUGAUGAGGAUCACUCCCCUGCUCACAGCCAGGCUGAUGAGAAUGAUCGAGUGGCUUUUGACAAUGGUGACGACGAUGGUGUUGAAUGGCAAACAGACACUUCAUUAGAAGCAGCUAGGCAACGCAUACAGGAGCAGUUGAGUGCUGUUACUGCAGAUAUGGUUAUGCUAUCAACCAGCGAAGAGAAGAAGUCAUCGGUGAAGAAAUCUUCAGAACAUGAGAACAAGGGGCAUGAGAAUGGUGUCAAUAAUGCUAAUACCUUUGAAUUGCUUGUUUGCGAGAUUAAGGAAUUUCUUAAAACAAGUUCCCCGGUGAAACAGCUUAAAUCCUUUUUGGGUUCGCUCUCUGGCACUCAGCAGGAAAUCAUGGAUGCAUUGUUUGUAGCCCUCUUUGAGGAUGUUAAGAAAGGAUUUGCCAAAGAGGUGGGGUUAAAGAAGAAGUACCUGGCAGCAGCAACUCAAGAUGGAUCACAGUCGAUUCUGUUGCAUGCUUUUGAGUCGUUCUACACAAAGGCAAAUCCCGAGGCAGCGAAGGAGGUUGGUCUGUCAUUGAAAGUACUCUAUGACAGUGAUGUGUUGGAAGAGGAGUUUAUACUGGAGUGGUACAAGAAGGGCCUUGCAGGUGGCAACAAAAACUCCCCCAUAUGGAAGAAUAUCGUACCCUUCAUUGAAUGGCUCCAGAGUGCCGAGUCUGAAUCAGAGGAGGAGUGAUUUUGGGAGGGCGCGUUUGUGGUCUAUUGUGUCUUCUUUGGAUCAUGUUUUACUACUUGUUUAAAGGAUAAGGUUUGUGUUGUGUGUGGAUUUACAGUUCAUUUUCUAAAUAAUGGACUCUUUGGUCCUUGUCUGGGUGUGUAGCCCAAAGCAUGGUGUUAUUGGUUGUUUUGUUGUUUUUUGGUCGGUUGCUUGUAUUGAGACUUGUUGGUUUUAUGGUCAGUCACUUGUACUGAGACUUGUUGGUUUGAUUGUGUGAAUCUGGUUUUCGCCGCUCA